AUGGAGUUUCAAGGGAAGAAGCAAACCAUCCUCUGCCUGUCCUUUGUGACCUUGUUUAGCCUUCUAGGUCUCUUGUGUGCUAAAAUUGAUGGCAGUCCCAAUAUUGUUGUGGAAGAGGUUCAUGUUGGUGUGAUUCUUGAUAUGGGGUCAAGGGAAGGAAAGAUUAUUCUCAGCUGCAUUUCAACAUCCCUGUCUGAUUUCUACCAUCUGCAUAAUAACUACAGCACAAGAGUAAUUCUGCACACCAGAGAUUCCAAAGGAAAAGCUCUGCAUGCUCUAUCAGCUGCUCUAAAUCUUUUGGAUAAGAUCAAAGUGGAAGCAAUAAUUGGUGCACAAACAAGAAUGGAAGCAAACCUAUUGGCAGAGUUAGGAGAAGAAGCUAAAGUCCCUGUAUUGUCACUUUCUGGACUUCGUACUAGUCCUUUCGGUGCUCCUGGCGAAUAUCCCUUCUUUGUGGAGAUUACACAAGAUGAAACUUCUCAAGUUACGGCAAUCAGUGGCCUUAUUGAAAUGUUCAAAUGGAGGGCUGUCAUCCUUCUAUAUGAGAACACAGAUUAUGGGAGAGACAUCAUUCCAUUUUUUAUCAACUCCAUUGAAGAAGCAAAUGUGACUAUUGUAUAUAAAAGUUGCAUUGCUGCCUCCUCAGCAGAUGAACAGAUCAUUGAAGAGCUCCGCAACCUCACAAAGUUGAAGACGACGGUAUUUGUGGUGCAUGUAUCACAUUUUCUUGUUCCUCGCCUUUUCUUGAAUGCAAAAAAGUUAGGCCUACUGAGUGAAGGGUAUGCUUGGAUCAUGACAUCAACUAGCAUGAAUUUCUUGCAUUCUUCCAUGGACCCAUCUAAACCGAUUCAGUUAUGGAAUGACAAUACUGCGGCAGUAUAUUUUGCACAAGGAAAUAAGAGAUCAAAUGGAAUGAGGCAUUUGCAUUUAAAGUUCUUAUCUGCGAAGGACAAGAUUCGAGAUGGAGAGACUGCUCUAAGUCACAUUGGCACAGAUUUUAUGAUUGCAGAUCCUUUGAAUAAAGGGUUGCCUAAUCAUGUUUUUCACAGGCAUGUGGCAAGCAUGGGAUUGCAAUUCAGUUUUGAUGCCUAA